CCGUCGGCGGGACUUCCGUGUUGGCGGGAUUCUGAACGCUGCCAUGGCUCAGACCGUGCAGAACGUUACAUUGUCGCUCACUCUGCCCAUCACGUGCCACAUUUGCUUGGGGAAGGUACGCCAGCCUGUCAUAUGCAUCAACAACCAUGUAUUUUGUUCAAUUUGUAUCGAUUUGUGGUUGAAGAAUAAUAGCCAGUGUCCAGCUUGCAGAGUCCCCAUCACUCCUGAAAAUCCUUGCAAAGAGAUUAUCGGAGGGACAAGUGAAAGUGAACCUAUGCUAAGCCAUACAGUCAGGAAGCACCUUCGGAAAACUAGACUUGAGUUACUCCACAAAGAAUAUGAGGAUGAAAUAGAUUGUCUGCAGAAAGAGGUAGAAGACCUUAAGAGUAAAAAUCUCAGCUUGGAGUCACAAAUCAAGACUAUUCUGGAUCCUUUAACCUUGAUGCAAAGCAGCCAAACUGAAGACAAACAUCCAAUUGCAGACAAUCCAAGUAAAAUUGACCCAGAAACUGUAGCAGAGUGGAAGAAAAAACUUAGAACGGCGAAUGAAAUCUAUGAAAAAGUGAAAGAUGACGUGGAUAAGUUAAAGGAAGCAAAUAAAAAAUUGAAAUUGGAAAAUGGUGGCCUGGUGAGGGAGAAUUUACGACUGAAGGCUGAAGUUGAUAACAGAUCACCCCAGAAGUUUGGAAGGUUUACAGUAGCUGCUCUUCAGUCCAAAGUAGAACAGCAUGAACGUGAAACCAAUCGCCUCAAGAAAGCCCUGGAACGAAGUGAUAAAUAUAUAGAGGAACUAGAAUCUCAGAUUGCACAGCUAAAAAAUUCAAGCGAAGAGAAGGAAGCUAUAAAUUCCAUUUGCCAGAGAGCACUUUCUACAGAUGGCAAGGGGAGCCUAGGCGGUGAGGAGGAUAUGGCAUCAAAGAAUCAAGGUGAUGGUGCCAGAAAGCAGCUUGGCUCAUCCACCUCAAGUUCUCACCUGCCAAAGCCUUCCAGCAGUUCUGCCAGGCAGGAAAGCACCAGCAAAACAGAACCAAAUUGUUCUAAGAACAAAGACCUGUAUCAGAAACGGGUGGAAAUAAUGUUAGAUGUGACAGAUACAAGUAUGGAUACUUACUUGGAAAGAGAAUGGGGUAAUAAGCCAAGUGAUUGUAUACCCUACAAAGAUGAAGAACUUUAUGAUCUUCCAGCUCCUUGUACUCCUUUGUCCCUUAGUUGCCUUCAGCUCAGUACUCCAGAAAAUAGAGAGAGCUCUGUGGUCAAAGCAGUGGGUUCCAAAAAGCACUCAAACCAUCUCAGAAAAUUGGUGUUUGAUGAUUUUUGUGAUUCUUCGAAUGUUUGUACUAAAGAUUCAUCAGAAGAUGAUAGAAGUGAAAAUGAAAAGAAAUCAGAAUGUUUUACUUCCUCAAAGACAGGGUUUUGGGAUUGUUGUUCCACGAGCUAUGCCCAGAGCUUGGAUUUUGAAAGCUCAGAGGGAAACACAAUAGCAAAUUCUGUUGGAGAAAUUUCUUUAAAAUUAAGUGAGAAAUCAGGCUCAUGCAUAUCCAAGAGGUUGAAUUCUAUUCGCUGUUUUGAAAUGAAUCGGACAAGAACAUCCAGUGAAGCAUCAAUGGACGCAGCUUACCUUGACAAAAUAUCUGAGUUGGAUUCAAUGAUGUCGGAGUCAGACAACAGCAAGAGCCCUUGUAAUAACGGUUUUAAGUCAGUAGAUUUGGAUGGGUUAUCAAAGUCCUCUCAAGGCAGUGAAUUUCUUGAGGAACCAGAUAAGUUGGAUGAAAGAACUAAGCCAAACCUUUCCAAAGGUUCUCUAACUACUGAUCAGUUAGAAAAUGGAAAUGAAUGGAAACCCACUUCUUUUUUUCUCCUCUCUCCAUCUGACCAAGAAAUGAAUGAAGAUUUUUCACUCCAUACCAGUUCUAACCCAGGAACUAAUGAAAUCAAACCACCGAGCUGUUUGUUUCAGACUGAGUUUUCCCAGGGUGUUUUGUUAAGCAGUUCACACCGGCUAUUUGAAGAUCAGAGGUUUGGAUCAUCUUUGUUUAAGAUGACCUCAGAGAUGCAUGGUCUUCAUAACCACCUUCAAUCUCCUUGGUCUACUUCUUUUGUGCCUGAAAAGAGGAAUAAAAAUAUCAAUCAGUCAACGAAAAGAAAAAUCCAGAGCAGUCUUUCCAAUGCCAGCCCAUCAAAAGCAACGAAAAGUUGACUCAUUAGAAAGGUGUCAUUUGUGUUUUCGUCCUGAGAGGAAUAUAAGUUUUUAAAGUUACUUUUUCCCUCAUAAAAGUUCUGUACAAUUUUGAAUUGAUAAUCUGUAGUCAAGUGUCAAGUCAGAAUGGUGAAUUAGCCUGUACCCAGAAUACUUUUAAAGAAUUUGUCCUUUUUCAUUUUCAUUUGGGGAUCUUUUUAAUCAGCAAAGGUAGGGAGAGGGUUUCUUUUAAUGAAUAUUGUAUGUAUCUGGUUUGGGUGUAUUUUGUUUUCUUGAGUCUUGAUUUAGCUGUUAGAUACAGUGGCCUGUAAAUGAGCCUCAAUUGUCUUCAGAACGUGGAUUUCUUCAAUAAAACUUUUCAUAUUGUCUACACACUGCUUAUAAGACACUUGAGUUUCUUUAAAGCUUUCCUUGGGUGGAAGUUAUUUUGCCUGCCCCUUUUUAUUUAUGUUUAGUGAUGGCCCAACUUUUAGGCAAGGCCAUGGUGGAAAAAUAGCACUCUAAGCUUAGUCCAGUAUUCAUUUGCUUUUUUUUUUUUUUUUUUUUUUUUUUUUUUAGGUUUUAUGUAUGUUUGCGUUUUUAACAUUGUGUUUUGUCCGGUUUUUGUGAAAACAUUUUGCUAGUAUGAAAGAAUACGUUUUGUAUAUGAAAAUACUUGUUUUAUAUCGGGUAGCUUUCAUUUGCUCAUCUUUUUGUGUGCGUCGAAAAUCAGAAAUUGAGCCUACUUUGGAAAGAAGGCACAGAACGGUUGGGUUUGGAGGAUCCUAAACAUGGUAGCUUUAUUGUUCCAGAUACACAGGUGCAGAACUGCCCUUUGCCAAGUUCUUGAUCCACUUUUAUCCUGGUGGGGCUUUUUUUGGAGUGAUCAAGUUCUUGUUUGCAUGUUACUAUUCUUUGUGGAAACUGUAUGCAUGGUAGCGUUCUUGCUUGCACUGUUUUCCUUACUUAAGAAAAAAAGUUUUAGUUGGCUAAUAGAAUAUCUUUUAUGUAGGAUAAAAAUUUUUUUCAUGAAGAAUGUUAAGGAGAUGAGAAUAGGUGAGCUAAGCACAAUUUUUAAUUUGGGCUCCGAAAAAGUAUAUUCUAAACAUGUUUGGUAUGCCUAAAUAGGCCUUUCAAAAUGGUUUGUAUGCUAAUGACUUGUUUAUCUAAUGUGCACUGAACAUUUUACAUUAAUACUGUACUGUUUUACAUUAAUACUGCAUGCUUUUCUAUGUGAAUUGAAUAAAGGAUGUCAUAAGCACUGUAAUCCUUGAUGGUGUCUCAGAUAUUGAAUUAGCCUAUAAAGACCAGUAAAACUUGUAAUUUUUAAUUGGUCAUGAUAAUAUAGGGGUUGACAAACUAUGGAGCAUGGACCAAAUCUGGCCUAUACCUGUUUUUUGUGGAAGGAAGUUCCGUGAACUAUAAAAAUGGUUUUUGCGCUUUUUGAUGGUCUUUGAAAAUCCAAAAUACUUCCUAAUACAGAAAAAUGAUAUAAAAUUCAAAUUUCAGUGUUUCUAAAUAAAGUCUUUAUUAGAACAUA